AUGGCUAUCUUUCAGAGCGUGCUGCACAUAAUUUUGUCUAUCCAGAUAUCCCCAUUUGACUUGCGAGAAGUACACCAGAAGAAUGGACUGAUUGCAAUGGUUUCUAUUGGAGUAUCAACCCUGGCAGUGGUUCCGUUCAUCCGUCGUCAUGCUUACGAAGUAUGCAUGAAAUUGCAUCUCUCUAUAGGGGUAUUUGCCGUGGUGAUGGUUUGGAUUCAUAUGAAAGACAGAUAUGGCUUAAAUGGCAAGCUUUUGAUCUCUGCUAUUGGCCUACUCAUCAUCAACACUAUGUUUUAUGGCGCUCGCGAGCUGUUUCGCAACAUUACGAGAAGUCAAGUUAUGGCUGUUGCCCAGCGCACGCCCUUGGCAGGUGCUGUGAGGUUAGACUUUACGCCUCCUCGUCCAUGGGAAGUUCAUGCGGGUGACUACGUCUAUCUCAGAGCGCCAGGUGUUCAUCCAUUAUCCUUCGCAGAGUCUCAUCCUUUCAAUAUCAUAUGGUGGGACCAAGACAAAUCUGGUAGGGCAAGCAGGAUCCAGCUUAUCUCUAGGGUCCACUCCGGAUUUACUAAAGACUUAUCGGCGAUCUCGCACGGCUCACUCAGGGUGCUGGUGGACGGUCCAUAUGGAAAAGCUCUGAACACAAGAUACUGGGACAACUUCCUUUUUGUUGCUACGGAUAUUGGUAUAUCGGCUCAAAUGCCUUACUUGAAAGAGCUGAUUGAUUUACAACGUCAUCCUCGCCGUCUAAGUAGGGUUUCGAUCAUCUGGGUUGUUGAGGAUGACCAGCACAGAGAUUGGGUAACAGAUGAGGUGCAGCACUUGCUAGAUGUGGAUGCGGCAUACAUGCUCUUCCACUGGACCACUUAUUCCAAGACCAAGAUAGAUACAACUUAUGUUGCACGUCGUGGACGCAUGGUAUUUGGCAACCCGCAUAUGAAGACGGUUUUGGAAGAAGAGUUUGGGAAAUUCUCUGGCAACGUUUUACUUUCAGGUGAGACCACAGCUACCACAUAUCUGGAUCUAUCCUGA